UAUGGAAUGACUUGUUCACAUAUUUCGCACCCCGUCAUAACGCAACAGCGGCAGAUAUCAAGUUAGGUAUAAAGAUCGGAGAAACGACACUAAUCGCCAUCAGCUACGCCGCCAAACGACAUCUAGCUCAUAGCUCGAGAUCGACUCCAACUUGGCCACAAGCAGUUCAGUCAACGAGAAACCGAACGAGGUCACCCGACAGAUACACGCCUUCGAUCAUGGAUGAUGGGGCUGCUCCGCCCGAGCCGGAUUACUCCUUGAUCCCGCUUCAGGAGAGAUGCGUGGAUAAAAAUUGGAAAGCCCGACUAUCAGCCUACACGGAGCUAACGCUCAAAUUCAGUAAAACUUCCGGAGACGACGACCCCUUCUUUCGCCCCUACCUCUCCGCCGAUCUCCUGCGGUCAUGGGCGACAGACACGAACGCUGCCGCCCAGGAGAAAGGACUCGAAGCUCUCUGUAGCCUGAUCAGAGAAUCUGGGGAGAAUAGCGCGAGGACAAGAGGGGAUGUGAUGGGCGGGGUCGUGGACAAGGGGUUCAUCUCGACUAGGGCGGGGACAAAAGCCAAGGCGAUCGAGGUGGCUUUGCUGUAUAUCGAGGUGGAGAACGACGGGUCUGGGGUGGUAUCGGACGUAUUAAGAGGACUGGAUGCCAAACAACCCAAAUUGGUGGCCACCACCGUAACUUGUCUUCGCGAGAUUGUCCACGCUUUUGGGAUCAAGCCUCUGGGAGACGUCAAGGUGUUGAUCAAGGCGUUGGUCAAGAUCUUCAAUCACAAUGACAAGGCCGUCAGGAGCGAGGGAACACUCCUCGCUCAAGCAUUAUACCGUUAUCUCGGACCCGCCCUUCUCCCCUCAUUGGCAGAUCUGAAACCUGUGCAACAGAAAGAACUGGGAGAAGGGUUCGCUCAGCUGGAUUCCGCUGGAGAAGGCGCUGGAACGGGCAAGGCGACGAGGCUGACUAGAAGGGAGAAGAGAGUCGAAGAGGAGAGAGCUGCCGCGGGCACAGGAGACGCGGACGACGAGGCGGCUACUGCUGAUGAGCCACAAGCUAUGGACCCCUUGGACUUGAUCGAAGCGGUCGACGUCGUCCCCCUCUUUCCUGACAACUUUCACUCGGUCAUCACCUCGAAGAUCUGGAAGGAAAAGGUCGAGCUCCUCGCCGAAUGUGCCAAGAUCCUGGAAUCUAACCCCAAGAUCAAGGACGUGCCCGCGCUCGGCGAUAUCGCUACGGCCUUGGGGCAGAGAAUGACGGAUACAAACGUCAACGUCGUCAGCGCCAGUGCUGGGGUAUUGGCCACACUCGCUCAGGGGGUCGAGGGGAAAGGUUUUGGGAAGCACAAGGGGGUGAUCGUACCGCCUAUUCUGGACCGGCUGAAAGAAAAAAAGACAAUGGAAGCGUUGGGAAAGACGUUGGAUGCGGUGUUCGAGACGGUGUCGUUCGCCGACGUUACUGGAGACUGUGUGACUGCUCUGCAGAAUAAGAAUCCGGUAGCGCGACAAGGAACGCUACAAUUCCUCGCUCGAGCGUUGCAGAACACUCGGGACGCGCCCACCAAAUCCGACCUGGAUGUCAUUGCCCCGGCCAUCGUCGGUCAACUCGGAGACUCUCUCGAGCCCGUUCGGAGCGCUGCUGCGGAAGGACUCGGUUGUCUGUCCAAGAUCUUUGGGGAACGUCCGAUGAAUCCGUAUCUGGAGAACAUCACUGAUGCGCAGAAGACCAAGGUGACAGAGGCCACUGGCAAGGUCGAAGUCAAGUGCAAGGCCGGGACCAAGGCUGCACCGAAACCUGCACCUGCUACUGCGGCUGCGGCUCCGCCCAAAUCUACGGGACCCAAGAUCCCUGCGCGACUGGCAGCGAGGUUUGGAGCUAAACCCAGCGAAGUAUCGGCGUCCAGUGAGGAAAAAGCUCCUGAACCUGUCCAGACUGUACCUUCACGACCGCCAUCGGUGACUGCGAUCUCGAAACCCAUCUCCUCACAUGUCUCAAACGAAGAGGUCGGAGACGCGCUCGCAGCACCGACACCGCUCAAGAAGGCUGGACCUCCUGCGCGUCUCAUGGCUCGUGCAGCACCACCGGCAGCCAAAAAACCCGCUCCAGCUGCAGCCAAACCGGUAGCGAAAUCCGGAGCCGGUAAGGCUGCUCCGGCACCUGUGUCUUACGACGUCAAAUACAAGUUUGCCCCAGAGGACGCUUUGGCUAAAGCUGCCGAGGUUGUUCCUGACGACAUUCAGACGGGCUUCAAGAGUGGCGCAUGGAAGGAACGACUGGAAGCUGCAGACAAGAUGACGGCUUGGAUACAAUCCGAUGAAGGCGCCGAAGCCGACAGCGAAGUCUUGUUCCGAUAUCUGUCCACAUCGCCAGGUUGGGGCGAAAAGAACUUUCAGGUGUCGUCCAAGGUGUUUGCCAUCAUGGCCGAGCUCGCUCAAAAGUCUUCGAGUUUUGGCAAGUCCUCGGCCGCCCAGGCGAUCGGACCUCUAACCGACAAGUUGGGAGACAUCAAGUUGAAAAAGCCUGCAGGAGAGGCCUUGAUCGUGUUUGCCGAAAAGACGUCCCUUGGCUUUGUCCUAUCACAGGCCUACGACUCGAUGACCAAACAAAAAGCGCCGAAAGCUCAGGCCGACGCGUUGACCUGGGUCAAGCAAGCAAUCAUCGACUUUGGUAUCAAGGGGCUUGCCUUGAAGGACGUCAUCAAUUUUUUGAAAGUAGGACUCCAGAGCUCAAACGGUACCGUGCGAUCCAGUGCGACCGCCGCGCUCGUGACUUUGAAGCUGUUUGUCCAGACCGACUUGUCAAUGUUUCUCGAGGAACUGAAUCCUACCUUGCUCGCGACUAUCAAUGGCGAAUUCGACAAGAUCGCCGGUCAGACGGCUCCGGAACCGACACGUGAGAGCGAGGACCUAGCCAACCUCGGCGAUGCCGGAAGCGCCGAUCCUGCAGUGGGCGGUGACCCUAUGGACGACCUGAUACCACGAGUCGAUCUGAACAAGGUGGUCGCGACGACAACGGUGCUCAAGGAUUCUAGGAGCGAAAACUGGCGGGUCCGAAAAGAGGCCUUUGAGGCGCUCGAAGCGGAACUCGAUCGCAAUACUCGUUUGAAGCCAGAGAUGGGCGAAAUCGGACAAGCUCUUAAGCUGCGUAUGGACGAUAGCAACAUCGCAGUCAAGCUCUUGUGUCUUCGUAUCAUCAGCAAGAUCGCUACCGGGAUGGGUCAGCCAUUCCAAGCCCAUGCUAGGCUGUUUUCGAGCCCGAUCGCAACGAUCUGUGGGGAUCAAAAGGUGACCACGAGGAACGCCGCCGUGGAAACGCUCACAUCAAUUGCGGAUGCGUGUCGCUCGAUAGACGCUAUGGUCCCUGGCUUCGCGUCCUCAUUAGAAAAACCGAACCCGGUACUAAGGGGUUGCGUCCUCGCUUUCGUCGCAUCUAUGUUCGCCAACUAUGCGCCCAAGAGCGACCUGGCGCCAUUGUUGCCCUCGACCCUGGCUUCGCUUGAAGACCGUAAUGGAGAUGUGCGUAAGGCGGCCCAGGCCCUGUUGCCGUUCAUCCUACAGAGCGUUGGCUAUGACCACGUCAUGGGGCAGGUCUCCAAGCUCAAGCCGGCGUCCAAGAGCACGGUCACGCCCCUCGUUCAGGCCGCUCGUGCCGCUUUGGCCGCGUCUGCACCAAAAACCAGCCCGGAGGAGAUCAAGCCUACUACGAAAUCGAUCGAGACGAAACAACCUGCGACGCGUCCGGCUGCCAAGUCGGUCCUUACCGAAUCGAACUCGGUUCCGACAUCGAUGGGUUCCCAACCGACUCUUCCAAGCGCCGGAGGGAGCGCUGCUACACCUUUGCGAGCCCGAGUGGAACCCGUGAGGCCUCGUGGCAUGCAGAUGAAGAACAACGCGUUGCGUGCCCCGGGCGCGACCUUGCCAGACUCGUCGGAUCAUCGUCUGCCGGCGCCCACCAGAUCUUUGGCUGGCGGAGCUGCGGGUCUUGUCAGGUCGUUGGGUAAAAGGCCAACCGCGCCCGUGGCAGAAAUGCCUCUACAGGAUUCAGCGACUGCUGCCCCGUUCCACACCACUGACAUUGCUCCCAAGACGCAGCGAGAGAAACGUGACCUGGCCAGGUGGACUUAUGACGUCAACAACUUGAGCCCACUCGUCGAAAACCUGCAAAAACAAAUGACGGAUCACGCAUCGGCAGAGGUCCUGACGCUGCUCUUCAGCCGGGAUCGGUUCGCCGAAAAAGACCAUACAGCCGGAUUGGCGAUCAUUGACGACCUGUACUCGGCCGAGGAGGACGACACGCCCUUUGACCUGGUUCCUGAGGUCGCUCAGAGCAUCCGUAUCGCCAACAGGGAUCUAGCCUUGAAAUACGCUGGGAUUAGGUUGCACGAUGGAAGCACCCAGAUGGUUAUCAAGUGUUUGGAUCUGGUCCAGCACAUUGUCGAAUCGGUUGACCGAGCUAGAGCCGGUUUCACCGAGGCGGAGGGCAAUGUGAUUGUGCCCGCAUUGAUUUAUCGACUUGGAGACAAUAAAUACAAGGACAAGCUCGCAGCCAUCUUUGGCUUGAUCGAUCGUACCAUGCCCGCAAGCCGGGUCAUGCAGCUGUAUGUCGACUAUGGCAUCGCAUCGUCGAGCUCGAAAACCCGGGCUGCUGCCAUGGAACAACUCGCUCAGCUCAUCCGUCGACGAGGAGAUGUCGCAGCGUCCGCGACGAAUGCGACCAAGACUUAUCGAAGGAUCGCCGAAUUCAUCUCGUCGGCCGAUAGCGCGACCCGAAGCGCCGCUUUGGACUGCAUCGCGUAUAUGUAUCAGCACACCGGAAACAAUGUGCUCAGCAUGAUCGGCGAGCUGCCUCCCAAGGAGAGGGACCUUCUAAAGAAUCGUAUCGAUAAGAUGGCCCUGGGCACCGGAGCGGCGGCUUCGGCCGCAUCACCGACUCCCCCUCGAUCGACUAUCCCAGCAAAGACGACGCACAUUGCCAACGGCACAGCGAGUACACCAAAGAGCGAAGACGGGGUGCCGUCCACCGCAAGCUCUCCUGUACCGCAGAGAAAGGCUGCGGCGCUGUCAUCAAAGAUCCCACCAAACAAUGGUGUCCCCAACUUGGCUCGCACAGGCCGCAUCGUAUCGAGCGACAGUACCAACUCUGCGACCGGACGUGAGCCCCACUUCAGACCGCUAGUGGCAUCUUCUAGCGUUGAGAGCCACAGCGAUAGUCGAUCCUUCGAGCACGAAAACUCGCGCAUCAGAAGAUCUGUCCACACGAUCGAGGACAAUAACCCCGACGUCAGCGUCGACGCGCUCAAGAACGUUCAGAAGCUCUUGUUGGAGGCUCCCGACGAGAUCAUACCCUAUAGCAACGACCUGAUGCAAGCCAUCGCUUCGAGGCUUCAGGUCGUGUUCAGAAACCCCUCGACAAUCUCUGAAGCGCCCUCGUUCCGCCUGACCAAACAUCUCAUUCAGACGCUGAGCAACUUUUGCGAUCAUCCUCAUCUCGUCGAGAUAAUAUCGGGGACCAAUUUGAGGCUACUCAUCCGGCAACUCAGCCUAGGACUCUUGUUGACUGAUACGGCGGAUGGCAAGCUGAAAGACAUGUCGCGCUUCAUGAACAUGUCCAUACUGAGGCUUUUUGCAACGGGGCAACGGAUAGCCAUCUUUGAUGCUCUAUUCAAACUGCUUCAAGCGCUCGCUCUCGAACUCACGGAAGGGGAUUCCGAGCAGGAUUUCAAGGCUAAGCACGCCGAGCUGAUCUUGAAAUGCAUCUGGAAACGUUCUCGAACCACGGAAGACGACCUGAGAAAGGGCAUCAUCACCGAAGAAGACAUCUUUACGAUUAUCGAAGAGUUCCUCCAGGUGAUCACUCCGAAGCAAUGGAGGAUCCGAGCCGCGAAAAAGGUACCCCUGGGUGACAUGCCUUUGCGGACCGUCAAAGUGCUCAUCCAGCAUACUAUCGCUGCCAUCGGUCAGGACGGCGUCAUGGAUUGCUUGAGAGGCAUUUACGGUGACAUUUUAGAAUCGACUCAUGUUUACACAUAUGUCUACAAAAUUACACAUUCACCGAUGGAGGAUGCUAUCCCUCCACCCAGCAAGGAACCUGUCCCUAUCCGAUCCAAGACGCCGAUCGAGUCGUAUUCUGCGCCUCCUUCAGCUUCCGAAUGCGUCCUGAUUGAUGUCGGCGAAGUGCCUAGCACAAGUCGAGCCAGUCGUCAACCAGGUCUUAUUGAGGACGAUCUCGACAGGCAAUUGGAAGAUAUGAUAAACCGAGCCGCGUUGCCACGGACCACGGGCAGUGGGUCACAAGAGCUGGCCACGUUACUCCAGGCUCAUCCGGAAAAGCAUGGCAAAUACGAGGAAAUCCUCAACGCCAUACUCGGCACCAAUCCUUACAGGCUGUAUGUGAAACGAAGCGUCGACAGACGCCUCCAAGAACGAAACGACGUCGCUAUCACACCGGUAUCACCGAAAAAGACAUCGCCCAAGCUCGUUCAGAAACGACAGUCGUUGGCUCCCGGACCUCCUAUUCCAGCGGAUGCCGAUGCCGACACCCAACUGGCCAUGCUAAAAGACAAGUUCCAAUUCCUCACUUCGGCAGGAAAUCAGGAAGAAAUACACCCCGACCCAUAAUUUGAUACAUACGACCUGAAUCCGCUCAUCGUUCCUCUUUUCGCACAACGUUGUAUACGUCCGUAAUGACCAUGAUCUAGCAUCUUUCUUGUACCGGAUGGGCAGUCGGCAAAUGCACUGUCAUUGUUGUGUUUUUGCAUAACGGAUCGCUCUUGACGCCCGCUGCAGAUACAAGGCCUCCUUUCGCGCUACGCCUCCGCCGUUUCACAUUCCUGCAUCUAUGCGAGACCAGCCUCCUU